UGAUGGUUUUGAUCCUGUUACAAAGUAUAUUUGUGUUGGAAGUCAGUAUCCAAUUCCAGCUAGAGCUAAAUUUAAUUCGGAAUUUUCAAUUCUAAUGAGGUGGUUAAGUGGCGAGAUACAAGCUGUGUAA